AUUUUAUAAUAGUCACACUACGACUUCAAUUUACCUAUUAUUAUUAAUUAAUACCUACCUAAUAAAAGAUAAUAUAGACAGAUAGGUAUAUCAGACAUCUUAAUAUCGUAUAACACAUAAGGACUGAAGAAUUUCAAUUUUAAUUUAAAAAAUGAACAAAAAUAAUUAUAGUAAUUAUUAUACGUGUAAAAUUAAAAACAAUACUCCGGCAAAGACAGAAAUAAACAACUUACAUAAGGAUAAUAAACAAGAAAUACAACCCAAAACUUGCCAAGAAUUGUGGAGAAAGUGUGAAGUAUUGUGUUCGUCAAUUAACCCAUUGGAGAGAAUCAAGUAUCAAGAAAGUGGAUGUUGUCGCAUGUCACCUGUAACUACUACAGAUGAUUUUAAACUAUUAUAUGAGCCAUUGUUUUCCAGGAGAACAACAUUUGCAUUUUAUAAAGAAGUAUUCCAUGUGGACCCACGAUGUACGUGUAUGAAAUUCAAUGGUAUUGAAGAAGAAUGUAAACAUCCAGAAUGCAAACAAAAUUUGAAAUGCUUAAGCUUACCAUCAGCAACAUGUUCACCAGCUGAAAAUUGGAAAAAAUACUACGGACAAACUUCAUAAUUUUUUAUACACUAAUCGGAACAAUAUUUAUUAUACAAUUACUUUAUUCUAUAAUUAUGA